UUAGCUUUUUGCUUGCCUCGCGGAAGCCCAAAGGUGGAAUCGGCUUGCCCACAGCGCCGCGUUGCUCUAAUAGCCGCGUAUUUAUCCUGCUUAAGCCUUGAACGUUUUGGAUAGAGGCAUUUGACACGAUAAGUCUGUCAUGCAUCGAGCUCCAAUGCGCGCGGACCUUGUAGCGAUCCUCCUCUUCUAUGACCUGCCACAUGCGAACAGACUUAUCGUAACAGCCGGUUGCGAAAUAGGUGCCGUUUGGAGUAGCGUUCCAGGUGAUGCUUGUGAUUGGUCCAUGGAAACCUUCAACAAUUGUCAAACAUUGACCCGAAUUCACAUCCCACAGCCGCACCGUGUUGUCGUAACUGCUUGAGGCGAUCUGCUGGCCACUGGGCGAAUACACCACGCUCCAAACAUAAGAGGUAUGGCCGC